UCCGAAGCUAGAACGCUUUCGGAUCCGGACAGAGAAAAGGAAAUAAAACUAAGGGUAUUUUAGUAAUUUUCCACAUAACUUUUAAAUCCGCCACCUUCUCCUCCUCAUCUUCUUUUCUCCUCCUUUUUGUCUCUCUCCAUUUUUCUCUCUCUCUUACAAUGGCAGCUUCUCCUCUUGAAUAAGAUCUCGCUGCCGACCUCACAUGACGCGCCAGAAUUCGUAGAACUGCAGGAGACUUCUCUUAGCCAUAGUCUCAUGUGAUAACUCCGAAUAAAUUAUAAGAUUCUGAUUUUGAGGGCACCGAAUCAUGUGCCGUCAUGUUAGCUCAAUUCAGGCUUUCUCAGCAAUCUAUGCAUGAACAAAGUAGAAUGCUUAGGGACCUGAAGACCUAAAUGAUCACGACGAGUCGGAACCAAAACCCUAAGUUCGGUGAUCAUCAUUAGUAAGCCACUUCCAAACCAUGGGAGACGAGGGAGGGAAAGUAACAGGGAUCCGCCAAAUAGUAAGACUCAGAGAGCUUCUCCAAAAGUGGCAAUCUGUCACUCUCGGCCCAAAGGAAGAGCAACAACCUAGUAAUAAUAAGCCUUUGGGAAUCCCUCCUUCUAUCGACAAGCGGUUGAAGGGCGUCAGUGUUGGGUGCGACUCAGAUGAGGAGAACUGCCAAAGUCCGGAGCCGCCUCCAGAUGUUCCCAAGGGGUAUUGCCCCGUGUAUGUGGGGCCAGAGCAGCGGAGGUUUGUUAUACCGACGAGUUAUUUAGGUCUUCCGGUGUUUAAGCUGCUUCUGGAGAAGGCCGAGGAGGAGUUUGGGUUUGAUCACAAGGGCGCGCUCACGCUGCCGUGCGAGAUCGAGACAUUCAAGUACAUACUCCAGUGCAUGGAGAGGCACAAGCAGGGCCUCAUUGAUGAUGAAGGGAAUUCCACAGAGGUGGAGGAAUCAUCAUAAAUGAGCACAUCUCAAGAUUUGCUGCUCCCUAUCGCCACCAAUCGGUACACAAAACAUCGUCUUUAGGAAUUCUUUUCUUCCUCCUGAGGAUACUUGGUGUUCUAUCAGCUCAACGAAACUGUUGUAUCAAUAUGCUCCAACAGUGUUUAAAUGAGUGUUUUAGGGCUAUUAACAUUUUCUUUGCUUAACUAUAUAAUUGCAGGGAAUCUGCUAGAAUCUAUAUAACCCAACAUUCCCUGCCUUUGUAAUGAUGUAACCUUGCGAAUCGAUAUCCCUAAUUGAUUUUCUUUGGCAUCUGAUGCUUGAUUUAGACA